AUGGAUCAACAGGUCAGAGAUGGAAACGCGUUCGCGAUUCCAGACCUUUGGAAAGCAUCAACCCUCGCUCAAUUUAGUGAGCGCGCAAUAGAUUCUAUUGCGUUCGAAAUUGAACCAUUGAAUGUACAAGAUGAAAGUCAUGAACGACUUGGGAUAUCGAAAGACCUAGACCUGGAGCUGCCCGAUUUCUCGACCUUUACUUAUGGCCCCAUAGAAGACCUAGGCGCAUUCGACGCUUCUUUUGUGCUUUCCUCCGCAGAAUCAUUUGAGACCCUUGAAACGCCUGACAUCUGGUCAUUUCCACUUGAUCCAGAAGUGCAAAGACCGGCCCAGUCGAAAAGCUGGGAAACCUUCUAUGAUAAAACCUUCCACGAGCCUCGGACUACAUACAUUAGCGAAGGUGGACCCCGGGUUUUUGAUGCCAUCCUUGCCGUCGAGGACGGAGAUACAAAGAAUGAUAGUCUUGGCAAAAGAUCUGGAUGUGUGAUCAAAUCUGCCGCUCUGGUAUCCAGCCUUGUCGAGCUUGGGCUGGGAAGAGAAUCCAUGCUAUAUCGCUAUCAUGAGCACGAACGAUCCUUUCUUCCCCUCAUCGGGAAUGGGCGCAUGUCAGGAUACAGCCUCGAGACAGUUCAAAGUCUUAGCGCUACCUUCAUCGACCAUGGCAACAAAACAAAACGCUUACAGUCUUUCAUUGACGAGACACAAACCUCGAGCAUGUCAAUUCCAACAUCUAUAGCUUUGGUGGGUAGCAUCUCUGCCAUCAUUGCAACACUUCACGCUCAAGUCGGAGAUUCAUCGACGUCAGCACGUAGUUUACUCCAACUCCAAUCACUGUUUGAAAGGCCUGGCUUAGUAUUGUCUUACCUUAACGACAUAGUCAUUAAGGUUGACGCAGCCAGGAGUGAUGAAGAGCUCUUAUCUCGGCUCUAUGAAUAUGUGGAAGAUACCGAACAUUCAGCUGAGUGGAUUCGGCCAGCAUUGUUCCAGAUUCUUGCAAGCGUGUCCAAACCAUGGCUAAGUUCUGUCUGCAAAUGGGUGGGUCUGAAGGAAAAGACCGGUGCUGGAAUUUAUGGUCACGGUCAGAACUUUGUCGUUGUGAGAGAGGAAUCACAAAGACUCGAGGGCGGUAAGGAGACGAAGAAGUUGGAAUAUGAUUUUAAGCAUCUAUCAAUGCCAAAUUUUAUCUCAGAAGAGGAUUCUUUUACAAUCUUCGAAACUGGAAAAAGCUUGCGACUACUCGAAAGUCAUCAACCCGAACAUCCUCUUUCGAGACCGACACAGGUUGGUACUAUGGAGGCCCCCGACCUAGAUUGGCGAUUCUCGUGGCGGGACUUGGAAGGAACACAAAGGCAAGCCCAGGAGUAUGAAUCAAACCUUCAGAAAGCCAUCGCGGACUUCAACCUCCAUGGUGGCAAUCCAAGAGAGGCGCAUAUGCCCAAAGAAGGCGUCGCACAGGCUGAGAUAGCGACGGUUGCGCUUUCGGAAGAGACGGCGAAAGCCUACAUCCACGCAUCCAUUGCAACCUUCGAGAAACCAUUACCCGAUUUGAAGGCGGAGAAGGGCAAUAAUUUUAUACCCAAGUGUAUUUACAAUGACUUGCCAGAGGAAGAGAUCUUUGCGCCUCCAUUGUCUCUGCUUCCCAUCCUGUCUUUCAAUCCUGUGAUCGCAAGUCAGGCCCUUCUCAUCAACCGUGCGUGCCUACGCCUUGUUUUCAAGGAGCACAACAUACGGUCUCACUUCAUUCUCCUUCACCGCUACAGCCUUUUUGGCGACGGCGUAUUCGCUUCUCGCCUUUCGCACGCUCUCUUUGACCCUGAACUCGACUCUGCUGAACGCCGGAAAGGUCGCUCCCGCGCUGGCACCUCGGGCUUGAAAUUGGGCUCUCGAGAUACUUGGCCACCAGCGAGCUCUGAACUGCGACUGGCGUUGAUGGGUAUUUUGACAGAAAGCUAUUACGAAUCUGGGCGAGGAGCCAAUGGUUCUUCAAUGUUCCGGAGAGAACUCCCUGGAGGCCUGAGUUUUGCCAUUCGAGACAUGCCUGAAGACGAGCUGCAGCGUUGUAUGAACCCUAACUCUAUCGAGGCCCUGGACUUUUUGAGGCUUCAGUAUAGGCCUCCGCCACCUUUGGACGCAGUGAUUACCCAGGCUUCCCUGACAAAGUAUGACACGGUCUUCAAACUCCUGCUAAGAGCAGUACGAAUGCUGUUCGUCGUAAACCAGCUCUUUCGUGACACAAAACUGCGCUUUGCAAUUCGUCAAGAAGCAGACCCUAUAUCUAAAUCUUUCCGAAUCCAAAGCCACCACUUUGUCUCCGCAAUCUGUCGGUAUUUUUUCAAUGGCGUUCAAGCGAAUUGGAAUAUCCUCCAACGGAGGCUCGAAGAGGUUGACAUAGCCUUGGACCGCGUUGGCACGAGCGAUGGCGACAGUCUUCAUAGACUGCGCGACUUUCACGAAGAUCUGCUGGACCGGCUAAUGUUUAGCCUGAUUCUAAGGAAAAGACAGGCGCAGGUCAUGAAGUUGCUCGAGGAAAUUUUCAGCCUGAUACUGGUGUUUGCACGGCACGCCAGGACUGAAGCUACCCGAGACAUGGGCCAUUCGGGCUUCAAGGUAGACCUGAAGGAGACCUAUGAGAAGUUCAAGAAGAAAGUCAGAAUUUUCAUCAGCGUUUGCAGAGGUUUGAACGAGCGGCGAGGCGAGGGCGGCACUAAAAGUCACGAUGCAGGUGAGGCGUUGAGCGAAGAUGGAGGAAACACCAUUGGCCAGCUUCUUCUGGACUUUGAGAUGAGCGGAUUUUAUGCAAAAUGA